AAGAACAAAAGAAGAGAAAGUAAAGUAUAGUAUUUAUAAAACAAUGUUAUAUAUAAACAUUUUCUCCCCAUUUCAGACAAAACAAAGAAGCAUCAAAGAGUAACGAGUAACAACACAAGACUCACAUCACAAUCAAAGAGCGACACAAAAAAUGGGUAAUUCUUUUGGUUGCUCCGCUUCCGGUGAGAGACUGGUGUCGGCGGCGAGAGACGGUGACCUUGUGGAGGCGAAGAUGCUUUUGAACUGUAACCCUUGUCUUGCUAAAUACUCUACUUUUGGGGGGCUUAAUUCUCCCCUUCAUUUUGCAUCUGCAAAGGGUCAUAACGAGAUUGUUGCAUUGUUGCUUGAGAAUGGAGCUGAUGUUAAUUCGAAAAAUUAUUCCGGCCAGACGGCCUUGAUGCAAGCUUGUAGAUAUGGUCAUUGGGAAGUUGUACAGACACUUCUACUCUUCAGAUGCAAUGUUAUGAGAGGAGAUUAUCUCAGUGGGAGAACAGCGCUUCACUUUGCAGCAAUGAAUGGCCAUGUAAGAUGUAUUAGACUUGUUGUGGCCGAUUUUGUUCCGAGCGCACCUUAUGAAGCUAUAAAUGCUCGCUCAGAUGCUGACAAUGGUGGUGGAUCAAAUGUGAGAGGCAAAAAUGAAGAAAGUGCCCUGUCGAAGUUUGUAAAUAAGACAGCGGAUGGUGGUAUCACUGCCCUUCAUAUGGCUUCAUUAAAUGGAUACUUUGAUUGUGUGCAACUGCUACUUGAUCUUGAUGCAAAUAUGUCUUCUGUGACAUUUCAUUACGGAACAUCAAUGGAUUUAAUCGGGGCCGGUAGCUCUCCUUUGCAUUAUGCUGCUUGUGGGGGUAAUUUAAAAUGCUGUCAGAUCCUCCUUGCAAGAGGUGCAAGUCGAAUGUCUUUGAAUUGUAACGGGUGGCUUCCGCUUGAUAUUGCUCGGAUGUGGGGCCGCCAUUGGCUUGAACUGCUCUUGGCACCCAGUUCUGAAGCCGUAACACCCGCAUUCCCUCAUUCAAAUUACUUGUCCUUGCCUCUCAUGAGUGCUCUCAACAUAGCAAGAGAGUACGGAUUGCAAUCCUCUACAACUUCCUCCGAUGAGAUCGACUUUUGUGCCGUAUGCCUGGAGAAGCCAUGUUCAGUGGCAGCAGAAGGAUGUGGACAUGAACUUUGUGUGAGAUGUGCGCUCUAUCUAUGCUCGUCGAGUAAUGUUUCUUCUGAAACCGUUUGCCCUCCCGGCUCUAUCCCUUGCCCGCUUUGUAGACAUGGAAUUGUCUCUUUUGUUAAGUUGCCAGGUUCCCAAGCAAAAGAAAAUAAAUUACAUGUGUCUCUUGGUCUCUGCACGCCGUGCAUACUGCAUCCACGUGACGUAGAUCAACCUUCUCUUUCUCACGCAUCAGAGACCCAAAGAAACUGUGUUGACUCUGUUCCUUCGGAGUUACUCUGCCCUGUCACAUGUAGUCCGUUUCCAUCUAUGACAAUCCCAUUGUGCACCUGCAAUGAGGGUUCAUGUCCAUCAUUUGAACCACGCAACGUAGAAGCACGAGACGAACCAUCCCGUCACUCGCAAGGAUCAACAACGGAUCAAGAUAAAAUUGAAGGCCCGAGACUGGAUAAAACAACUUGCUCGAACAUGCUUUGGGGUAGAAGAAGUUACAGCAGGGAGAACCAAUGCAACUCAGAAAUAAAUGCUUGAACCAUUUUGUGCUUGUAGAUAUUGGUUACAUUUUUUAAUCAAUAGAGGUGUCUACAGUUUUUCUUACUGGCCAGUGGCCAACCUCAAAUGGCGGAACUCAGUCGAAAUUAUAAAGACGGAAAAACUCUUAUGCAGAAUUCUCUGGUAUUUCAGCUACUCUAUCACCAUCUGCAUGCCCUCUUAUUAGUUUAAGUUAUUUGUGAUUGUGAUAUAUUAUUUUUGGAUUUUUAUUUUAUUAGAGAAAUCUGUUUUUCUAAGACUAGAAAUUUAAUUUAUAUUACAGAUUAGGAGUUAUCUGUAUAUUAUGGUUACAAAAGUCAAAUCUAGGGACUGGAAGAACUUGUUGAUGAAAUUAUUUAUUUAUUUGUUAUCCGGUUGGUUGGUUGAAUUAAUUGAAACAAUUAAACAAUAGUAUAUGGAGGCCUUACAAGUUUUCUCUAAUCCAUUUUUUAAAUUAUUGUGAUCUCACAUAUAGUGUUUGCUUUUGAAUAUUUUAAAAUCUGGGUUUGCCUUUACUAGUAUACUUUACCUAGUUGGUCACACUAUCUUGAUUGUUGGUUAGGUUGGUAACCUAACAAUCAGAGCUUUAAACAUAAAGAAACUGCACUAGAAAAAACACACACCCUUCCGCUCAAACGAUUAUUCAAUACCUAAAAUUUGGUUGAAAAUAAGCACAGAAACUAAUAAACUAAUGAUAUUAAAAACGAUCGUUAAAAACUUUAGACAACAUACUUAAUAUCAAUAUAUCAGUUCAAUAGUAAUUGGAUAAUAGAUGAGAUGAUACGAGAUCAUUUCCAAUUUAAUUAGAGGUAGUGAGUUUGAACCCAACUUUGAGCAUACGACACUUUUAAAGGAGAGUUUUGUUGUCCUUCUUGAAUUAAGAGAUUAAUCUAUGUAAUUAUGUAAUUGUGCAGAAAGGAUAUCCAUGUUUACGAAAAACUUACAAAAUCAAAAA